GGCGGUACGAAAAGGGCGGCGCGCGCGGCGGCGGCGGCAGCUCGGCGGCGGCGGCGGAGAGCGCAGCGCAGCCCGGUGCAGCCCUGGCUUUCCCCUCGCCGCGCGCCCGCGCCCCCUUCCGCGUCCGCAACCAGAAGCCCAGCGCGGCACCCGGAGCCGGACCUGCCCCUGCGCCGCUCCCGGGACCGCGACCCCGACCGCCCCGCGAUGACCGCGACCGCAGCCCUCCUGCCCGUCCUCUUGCUCCUGCUGGCCUUCGGCCGCAGUGCCCAUGGAGCUGAAUGCUUCCCGGCCUGCCACCCCCAAAAUGGAUUCUGCGAGGAUGACAAUGUUUGCAGGUGCCAGCCUGGCUGGCAGGGUCCCCUGUGUGACCAAUGCGUGACCUUUCCUGGCUGUGUUCAUGGACUCUGUGUGGAACCCUGGCAGUGCAUUUGCGAUGACGGCUGGGACGGGAACCUCUGCGACUUAGACAUCCGGGCCUGCGCCUCCACCCCCUGUGCUAACAACGGGACCUGCGUGAACCUUGAUUCGGGCCACUACGAGUGCUCCUGCACCCCUGGGUUCUCCGGACAGGACUGUCAGAAGAAGGACGGGCCCUGCGCCAUUAACGGUUCCCCCUGCCAGCACGGAGGCAGCUGUGUGGACGACGAGGGCCAGGCCUCCCAUGCCUCCUGCCUGUGCCUUCCUGGCUUCUCGGGCAACUUCUGCGAGAUCAUGACCAACAGCUGCAUCCCCAACCCGUGCGAGAACCAAGGCAUCUGCACCGACAUCGGGGGCGACUUCCGCUGCCGCUGCCCCGCCGGCUUCAUGGACAAGACCUGCAGCCGCCCGGUGACCACCUGCACCACCGACCCGUGCCUGAACGGGGGCACCUGCCUGCAGCACAGCCAGGUGAGGUACGAGUGUCUGUGUAAGCCUGAGUUCACGGGCCCCCUCUGCGGCAAGAAGCGCGUGCAGAGCCCCCAGCAGGUCACCCGUCUGCCCAGUGGUUAUGGGCUGACCUACCGCCUGACCCCGGGGGUGCACGAGCUGCCCGUGCCGCAGCCCGAGCACCACAUCCUGAAGGUGUCCAUGAAGGAGCUCAACAAGAGCACUCCCCUCCUCUCCGAGGGCCAGGCUGUCUGCUUCACCAUCCUCGGCGUGCUCACCAGCCUGGUGGUGCUGGGCACCAUGGGCAUCGUCUUCCUCAACAAGUGCGAGGCCUGGGUGUCCAACCUGCGCUACCAGCACAUGCUGCGCAAGAAGAAGAACGUCCUCCUGCAGUACAACAGCGGCGAGGAUCUGGCCGUCAACAUCAUCUUCCCGGAGAAGAUCGACAUGACCACCUUCAGCAAGGAGGCUGGUGACGAGGAGAUCUAAGCAGCGUCCCCCGCCCCCCGCCCCGGCCCCUCUAUAUCCUCGGGGCCCGCAGAGCUCACCCCAUGCGGUCUGUUCUCAUCUUUGUGGUGGGAUUUGCUCUUUUGUGCCUACUCUGGUGAACGCUAUGCUUAGCUAUACUCUAUCUCUGUGUUGCUGUGUGACAAAUGCAAUGCCAGAAUCCUCCUUCUCUCUCUUAAUGCAUGAUCAAAAAACUUAAUAAUAAGAAUUUCAUCUUUAAACAAGUAAAAGAAAUAA